AUGUCUCAAAAUUAAUUGAACUAUCACUAAACAUUCGAUAAAGAGAUUUGACUAAAAACUUGCCAGACUUUUCUUUUAACCAUCUCAUCAAGUCUAUUUGAUGAAUCAUUGGACAAACCUUACUCAAAACUUCCAACAAACUCAAAUAUUAUGCUAACUCUUUCUCAUUUAAAAUUUUCCUACAAAGAGGAGGCCAAGUAACAUUCUCUCCAUUGGAUUGAGAAGCAUCUAGCCAUCAGUAAAUUUCCUUCUAAUGAGAUCCUUUCUAAGAGGGGGAAAGACUUACUCAACUUUUUAUCUCCAACCCAAACAUCUUCCCAAAAUCUAAUCUUCUCACCAUUUCCCAAAGAAAAACCCACCCCUUCCCAAACUUUUCUUUUAAAGAAGACACCGCUUUCAAAAGCGACGACGAUGAUGCCUUUAUCCACCAAAGAUCCUCUUGAAACCCAUAUUUCCUACUCACUACCUCCCUCCAUAGACUACCCUAUUCUACUCCAAAUCUCCAUACCCACUUACCCAAUAAAGCUUGAUUCAUCUCACCCAAUAUUUAAAGCCUCUCAUUGAAUUUUGCCAGACGAAUUUCCCCCUAUGCCCUUUCCUCAUCUGAUAGCUCACCUCCCUCCCCUAAUACAUCAGCCCUCUGAAUUUCUUGCAAGAUUUUGAAAAUUCCUCUUCCCAACUUCCCAGUACUUCUUUUUUCCAAACUUUUAUUUUCCCUUUAAGCAAUUUCAACUUCUAAAAAAGAGAGAAGCCAGCCCCUCCCUGUAUAGAAAAAGAGGACCAUCAAUCGUACACCUUAUCUGAAAAACCUUCCACUUCUAACCAUACCAAGUCAAACCUAAAAGGACGUGGCCCCCAAUCUUCCUCUUUUGUUUCCAAAAUGAUUGGGCAAUGAUUAAAAAAACACUGGCCUAGGUAAUCUCCUUUGGAAAACUAAGGGAAACCUAUCCACUCAUUCUGCUGAAAGCAAGAAUCGAUCCAACUUUGAUUUGACUGCCCUAGCCUGCCCGUUGGUCCACAUAAAUUUAACUUCUCCCAUUGGUACGAGCUGGAGUGGAUGAUGCGAUACAAAGAAUUCUACACUCACAUCGACCAAGGUAAGUAUUUUUGUGACAAAUUUUAAUAGGUGCUAUUUUUACAAAUUACAACCCAUGCGUCACGGACGGAAGGAUACCAUUGUCAUCAACAUCAAAAGCAAUGCCCAUCAUCUCUCCAAUUCAGUCGAAUGUAGAAAGUCUAUUUGAAUUGCAUUUCGACUGUAAGUUGAAGAAGAUACUUUACACCGGUGACAAAAUAGCAGAGGGUGAUGAACCCAUUCGGAUAGUGAUUCGCAAUGCCAGUACCAAAGAAACAAUCACAUCUGGUCCUUUGUCUUCCAUAAAGAUAAAGAUUACUGUACUUGAUGGUGAUUUCACUGGGAACAAACGAGGAUAUUGGACCAUGGAGUUUAAGGAGCUUAGCCCAAGAGACGGUAAAGAGGCACUGCUGAAAGGACUUGUAGAAACGAAACUAAAGGAUGGAGUUGGUUAUUUCAAUGACUUGACCUUUACUGAUAACUCUCAUCGCACAAGGAAAGGGAAAUUCAUGUUGGGUGUGCAAAGCACCUACGCUGGAGAAAGAAUAAAAGGAGCAACAAGUGAAGCUUUUGCUGUAAAAGAUCGGCGUGUAAAACCAUCUAAGGAGCCCGAGUCUCUAUCCCUUACCGAUGAAGUAUGGCAUUUGAAGAACAUAAAAAAAGACGGUGCUUUUCACAAAGGACUGAAAAAUGCCGAGAUAAACACCGUGCUGCAGUUUCUAUGGCAUUUACUUACUGAUUGUGACAGAUUACGCAAGGUUAUUAUUGGCAGCAGGAUGCCAGAAAAAAAAUGGAAAGAAACUGUUGAACAUGCCCAGAAGUGUUUUUCGGACAACCCCUUUUGUCUGCACAAUGGCUCUUCAUUUCCUCAACUGCAAGCAUCUCCCAUUACAGGAUCAGGACUUGGCCAGCAGAAUCUGGAUUCGUUGAUCCCACAUCUGGACGAACCAGCAGCAGAACUGAAUUUUCAAAGUCCUGCUGGCCAAAAUGAGUUCAAGGUGGGCCCAUCUCAGCUGAACGACCCUCUUGCUGUACAGAAUGUCCAUCUGAUCCAAGGACACGGUUACAAUUCAAUCAUUGCACAUUCAAUGCCCAUCUCUGGACUGCAAGCUUUUCCAACUGCAGGCCUUGGCCAGGAGAAUCCUAACUCAUUGAUUACACAUCAAAGCCAGGAGAAUUCUAACUUGUUGAUCACACAUCAAAAUGAAUCAACAGCACAAAGGAAUUCCAUGGACUGUGCCAACCACAAUGACCUCAUGGUGGGACUGUCUCAGCAUAAUGACAUUGUGGAUAUAGGAUAUCAGCUUCAGUCUCAGCCGUCUGAUCCAAUCCUAGGACAAAACAAUGGUUGUGGAUAUAAGUCAGGCAUCGGCGAAUUUUCGGGCCAGCAGUCACCGAUGGAUGAUGCUGAGCAUUUUGUUGCAAGCAUUUGGGCUAUUGGUGAAGCAAAAAGGAAGUGGUACAAGGUUGGGGCUGUUCUCAUGUUGGCAGCUAGGAAACCAAUUGAUAAAGCCAAAAGAAGGAAGAGGUAGUUCAAGGCUGGCGCUGUUCUAAUGACUAAUGUGGACAGUUAGGAAACCAGUUGCUGCUAUAGCCUAGAUAGUUCCAACCAUUAUUGUUGGUGUCAUCAUCGUUAAUGGUCGUCAUCGUCGCCGCCGCCGUCAUCGUCGUUGUUGUUGUUGUCGUCGUUGUUGUUGUCAUCAUCAUUGUUGUUGUUGUUGUCGUCAUCGUCGUCAUUGGUGUUGUUAUUGUGGUAUUAAGUUAAAAACAUUUGAGAGACAAGUUUGCAGAUUUCAGAUAAUCUUGUUAAACCUUUAUGCAUGAUUAAGUUGGGGAUUUCCAUCUGAUUGCUCUGAA